AUGUACCUCCGGAUGUUAAAGAUGAUGUUACAGAUGGUUCGUGAGAGGGGGGGACCUGCCAAGACCCCGUCAAGCAGCAGCAAGUGUCACCAGUGCCCACACUGCCCCUUCACCACUAUCCAAGAAACACUCCUGUUUGAGCACUGCCUCACCCACAACUGGGAGAACCCCUUAUCCUGUCCCCACUGCCAGUACAGACCAGCAGAUGCCAGCCAGAUGAAGAGGCAUAUGCGGAUUCAUACUGGUGAGAAGCCUUAUCUGUGCCCACACUGCCCAUAUGAGACUGCAGAUGGCAGUAAUUUGAAGCGGCACAUACGCACACAUACAGGAGAGAAGCCUUACUCCUGCCCACACUGUCCCUACCAAACAGCAAUGAAGGGAAAUCUGAACAGACACAUUCGAGGCCACAUGGAGAAGGACAGUAUAGGAGCCUUGCCAACAGCAGACCUCACUCAUUUCCCACCCAUGCAGUGA